AUGACAGAGCCCGAUGCUGCAAGUAGACCAGUUCCAGAAGAAGCAGAUGACCAAGGUUUAGAUGAAGAAGAGGACCCUUGGCGGGAUUAUCAGCCCCGAGGCGGGGAAGCCCCGGCUGAGCCCCCGCCUGGCUUCUCUCCUUCAGCUCGGCAGCGCAGAGCGACCGACUUGGCCGCCUUCGAAGAGUUUCUCCAAAGACGACGCGGCCAGCAGCCGAAUCGACGACGAACGGAAGACGAUGAUGAUGAUGAUGGCGACCAACAAGGUGGAAGAAGCAAUGCAGGUCCACCACCGACUUGGGACGGCUCCAGCGAAGCCUUCCGCGACUACGAGAUCAGAGCCAAACUUUGGCUGGCUACGACUAAGGUAAAGCCAGCCGCUCGAGGACCCCUUCUGCUGAAGAAUCUGAGCUCUACACCGUUCGAUGACUUGAAGCACCUGGCAAGAGACAGCAGCUGGAUGCAGAGUGCAACGAACGGAGAAGAGCUCUUGAAGCAGAUGUCUGCUAAGGAGCUGUACGGGGAGGACGAACGCGAGGAGAUGAUCAAUACUCUGGCGAAGGUGACCUACACGCUGAGGCGGCAGCGCAACGAAGGUCACAAGGCCUUCUUUGCGAGGUGGGAGCUGCAGAUUCGGAAGCUCAACGAGCACCAGGUGAACCUUCCGGCUGAGUACCUGGGCUUCUUGCUGAUCAACGCCCUGCAGCUGAGCCAGAGUGACAUCAAACUCCUCAUGAACUAUAACCAAGGCAAGCUCACCCCGAAGGUGGUUAAGGAGUGGACCAGGGUCAACGAAGCUGAUCUCGCUUGGCGCAGUGGUGAAGGAGGAACCGUCACCAAGAAGACGAAUGCGGUGCUCCACCUGAACGAGGAGCACGAGGACGACGCCGACCAGGACGGCGCCGAGGACCUGGAAAUCCUGUUGAGCGCCAUGGACCAGCUCGAGAGCACCGAGGGUGGCCAGGAGGAGACCAACGACGUUUUUGACGAAGAUGAGGUGAAGGAGGUCUUGGCCACCAUGGUAAGGGACUAUGGUAAAGGAGGAGGAAAGCGCAAUUUCAAGGCGGUCAAUGACGCGAAGAAGGCAAAAGGGCUGGCCCGCGGCUACGGUGUUCACAGAGAUCCCCAAGGACGGUUCGGACAGCGAUCGGACCAUGAUGCGGUCAGGGCCGGCAACUCCUACAAGGUGUCGAUCGAGCUACUCAAGAAGAGAACCAGGUGCAAGAAGUGCCAUCGCCUAGGACAUUGGCACCGGGAGUGUCCCGAGAAGGACAAGCCGGGCGGACCGAAGGAAGCACACUACCUCGAGGGCGAGGAGUCCGAAGAAGCCCUCUUCCUGCACUACAUGGACUAUCUCGAUGAGAUCGGCGGGCCUACGGCGUCGAGUUCCGGAGCCUCCCAGGACAGAUUUCGGUCCCCGGGCGGCCAGUCCUCCGGAGAGUUUUGCAAUCGUGCGGCCCAAGGAACAAAACAUCAUCUUAAGAAUGAGGUGCACAUGUUCAAGUCCGUCAACGGAACAUCAAGAACAUCACAGGCCACCUUGGUGUUAGACCCAGAUCAAGGCAUGAAGCUACAGUUCGGCAGGCAGAUGUCAGUUGCGCGACUCACUCAGUGGAGCAUAUCGAAGCUGACCUUCACGAGCAACCUGCUGAUGAAGCUAACCGGCUCGCCCAGCAAGAAGACCCGCCGCGAGCCAGAGUACAAUCCACCGGAGUUCGGCUGGAGGCGAGUGGUUCUGCGCCUGAUGGUCCUCAUGGCAGAGACGGUGCAGCGGAUGAUGAUGCAGUUCGUGGGGAUCACGCAACCCCAGGAGCAGCUGAGGAUGCGCCUGGUGGAAACCAUCCGCGCAAUGGACGAGAACGAGAUCCGCACGGCCAAGGAGAUUUUGGAGAGCGCUGGCCGAGCACGCCAGCACGAUCCGGAGCAAGAAGAAUGGAGCGUGGUGGAACCGAUGGACACCGAAGAGGUGACGGAACCUCGCAAAAGGCGUGUCCCCGAGACCGAAGAAGAGUGCCCGAACUACCCGGCACUACCGCGGGCACCCCAGGCAACGAUCAAUUGCUACUGCGGGAAGCCGGUGGAAACGAUCCGGACCAAGAAGCAGGGACCGAAUGUUCACCGGCUCUUCCUGCGUUGUCCUCUGUGGCGAGAUCCAAUGGUGCGGUGUCCGUUCUUCCAAUGGCUCCCGGACAACGAGCAAGACAUGUGGACUUCGGGGACACCGAGUAUGUUGAGGAGUCCAGCGUCUACACGGAAGAGUCCGACUUCUCCGGCACAAGACCGAGUUCGCGAAGACCUCCGUCGCGGAAGGAAGUAUCCUCCUGCGCCGGUGCCGAGCAACACGCCGUCACCGAGCGGGUCGGAGGAGUCAUCCUGGACGAAGACAUCGGGAGCUUCGUCGGCCACACUGGCCUGUGUCCACCGCAACACGACCUUCCAAGGGAGCAACGGGUGGCAAAAGAUCACGAAGUGUCGGGACUGCGGACAGGUCCUGAAGCGGGAAUCUACUACGGCUGCCCAUGUUGCCUACCGCGGUCUGGAAGCAGUGCAGGAGAAUCCUCCAAGGCCGAGCUCGGCGACAACAAGAUCGCCGAAGGGACCUCCACCACCGGUUCCAGUGUGCAUGCAAGAACCGCCGGAGAGCCCGACCACGCCGGCCAGCUCAUCCGGACAAUCCCGAAGGCCAGCGGCUCCGGAGACCAACAGCGAGGAGGAAGAGUACGAGGAGUUCAAGCGAUUCCAGGCCAUGCGGAACAACUACAAGAAGCGUCACCCCUAG